UAUUCCUCAAGAAUCUUGAUCAACAGAUUCCAUCCUUCAAAAUCAGUUGUUUGUUACCUUCCGUGUCCCGCCGGACCACCACUCGCGCCAAACGCCAUUUCUGGUGAAUAUAGCAAGCUCAUUAAGGAUAUAUGCUCUUUAAGACUCCAUUUUGAGUGGCAAUUCAAGGAUUGUAUAUAUUUUCUGAAAGCAUUUUUAUAGGGAAAAAUGAUGGACUUGAAGAGCCAGGGAGAUUCAGGAGAACCUCGUGUAGAUGCCUCUACGGAGACCUUGGCUGUCGAAGAUGAAGGAGAUUCGACCUCAACGUCAUACUCAAAUGAACCAAAUGGCCAUACAGCGGUUCCCAACUCCCAACACAUUCCACCGCCGUCAGACUCGACCGAUCACAUUCCCUCUCCGACGCACCAUCUACAGUCAACCGGAUCCUCUGGCUCUCAUCAAAAUUUCCAUCUCGAAUCUCCAUCGUAUGCUGAUGCAAAUGUUCGUCACACCGAAGACCACGCGAGUCCCGCUGAAGAAGCUGACCGCGAUCCUGUUACUGACUUCGACAAAUCUGUAACGCUUUCGCGCUUUCGUUCAUCUGACUCGACCUUUUUGAAGAUUGUGGUUUCUGAUCCACAGCAAGUGGUGGAAUCAUCCAAUUCAAUCGUCCCGGGAGUGAACACAUUUUUUACCUAUUUGAUUACAACUGAGACAAACCUUCCUGAUUACGGUGGAUCUAAAUUCACCAUCAGGAGACGGUUCAAUGAUGUGGUGACACUAGCAGAUCGAUUGAGCGAAGCUUAUAGAGGUUUUUUUAUACCUCCAAGACCGGACAAAAGUGUGGUGGAAGGUCAAAUGAUGCAAAAGCAAGACUUUGCUGAGCAGAGGAGAGUUGCACUGGAGAGGUACUUGCAGAGGCUAGCAGUGCAUCCGGUGAUUAAGAAAAGUGAUGAAUUGAGGGUGUUCUUGCAAGUGCAGGGGAGACUUCCACUUCUAACUAGCAUUGAUAUUGCAUCUAGGAUGCUUGAUGGGGCCGUGAAGCUUCCCAGACAGUUGUUUGGGGACUAUGGGAAUGCAAUUGAACCUCAGGAUGUGGUACAGCCUGCCAAAAAUGGUAGGGACUUGCUGAGAUUGUUUAAGGAAUUGAAGCAGUCUGUGGUAAAUGAUUGGGGCAGUUCAAAACCACCAAUGGAGGAUGAUGAUAAGGAAUUCUUGGAGAAUAAAGAGAAACUGCUUGAUAUUGAGCAACAUCUAAGUGACACAUCGAAGCAGGCUGAGGCUCUUGUUAAAGCCCAAAAGGAUAUGGGGGAGACACUAGGAGAAUUAGGAAUUGAUUUUCUAAAGUUGGCAAAUUUUGAGAACGAAUGGGCAAAUUCAAAUGCUCAGAGGGUACGAGCAGCUGAUAUAAAAACAGUAGCAACAGCAGCUGUCAAAACAAGUAGAUUACAUCAUGAUCUACAUGUGCAUGAUGUGAAAUAUCUGGAUGUCGUGCACGAGCAUCUGGGGUUAAUGUUCGGAGUAAGAUAUGCAUUUUCGGAUCGUUCAAAGGCUUUACUAACUGUACAGACUCUGCUAUCAGAAUUGUCAUCUUUGAAUUCAAGGGUUGAGAAACUUGAAGCAACAUCAUCUAAAACAUUCAUGGUGGACAAAUCAAGGAUACAAAAGUUGGAAGAAUUGAAAGAUGCUAUUAAAACCACUGAUGAUGCUAAAAGCUGUGCAGUCAAAGAAUAUGAACGCAUCAAGGAACAUAAUAGAAGUGAAAUAGAAAGACUUAAUAAAGAAAGACACGAUGACUUCAUAAUCAUGUUAAAAGGAUUUGUGAUUAGUCAGGUGGCUUAUUCAGAAAAUAUUGGAAACGAAUGGGCAAAAGUCGCCGAGGAGACUCAUCAGUAUGCAACAAAUGCUGCAUAAUGCAGACUGUAUAUCAUUUCAUUUAUUAUUUCUAUAUUUCCUUAAUUCUUGUACCUUGCCCUUGAAGGAUUUCCUUGAAAUCUCACUCGAACGAUAAUUCAGCGGCAUAAGUUUUGUUCAGUGUUUCUUGUAUUUUUGUUCAUUUUUGCUUUGUUUUUGAUGCUAAACUAUGAAUAUAAUUGAAUAUACUGUUAUUUUCUGGCUACAAAUAUUAUCGAG